UUUCACGAUUGGACAACAAAUUACCAUUAGCUAGCAUAUAGCUUUUUGUCAGUGCUCUGAUUGAGACUUGUUGCAAUCAUAAGCGUCAUUAGCUCCUAAAUACUGUCAUCAUAUUUGAGCUGUCUGUCAAAAUGGAUAUUUUGAGAGACGAUGAAGCGCAUGAGCUGAAGUAUAAACCUGGGGGGCGUUUGGAUAUGAGCCACGGCUUCCUGCACCAUAUCCGGAGGAACCAGAUUGCUAGAGAUGACUAUGAUAAAGAGGUGAAGCAAGCUAAAGAGCUUCAGCGGCGGAGACACACUACAACCCCUAGACGACCCCGUCGACCUGACAUCCAGGUGUACCAUCCGCGGCGAAGAUAUGGAUCAGAGUCAGGGGCUGGUGCUGAGGCUGAAGAAUGGAACGAGAGUGGGUCGAGCACAGAGACUGAGAUCCAUGGGACUGAACUUUUCUGGCUUGACUACCAGGCGGACUCUGGUGCCAUUACGUCCUUCCUCGUGCACAAGGGUGAUAAGCCUAAGAAGGUAGUGGAACGUGUUGCAGAAAAGAACAUCUUGGAUUCAGCUAUGAGAUCAGCUCUGGAGGCUCGGAUUCGGAAGGAAAUGGACAAAAGAAGAGACAAACGCUGAGUGAUAUCAAAAGCAAGAAUGUGAUGGCAAAGGGCCUACAGGUAAAGGCCUGUGGAAUAAUAUUUCAUUCGCAGUUCUGUGCUCCUCCAAAGCAUCAACGCUGUUGACAGUGUUGGAAGCAUGAUGAGGAAGUGGAUCCUGUACAAUGACUGUCAGCAGAGAUCCAAUGUGUUGUCCCACAAUCAAGUCGAGUCUUCUGUUUUUAAAGGAGAAGGAACAGUGCUUACCAUAGACAGUAUGGUUGGGAGUUGACUGUCAUGUUCAUGUUUACUACAUUUUACUCACUUUGUACUGUUACCUCAUAUCCUGUCUCAUAACACCUUUGAGUUGACUGGACCUAUAAAGUUAUGUUGUUGUUUUCAAACAGUUAAAUUCAGAAAGGUGCAGGUAGGCCAGAGCUCUUGUUAACCUUCCUCCUCCAUUGAACACCCCCUGUGUUUCUUGUGUUUACAAAAAUCUAGUUUUUAUAAAGAAGAUUUAAACUUUUUUGGUAAAUUCUUUUGAACAGAACAUCUCUCAGUCUGUCAGCGAUCUUGUGUUUAGAAAUAUGAGAAUUCAGUUUUGUUUUUUAGUGAGUUUGAGAGUUUAGUGGAUGUAGCCAUGAUAAUGUGUUUGUGUGGCAACUGUGUUUCAAUGUUUUCAGUAUUCUAAUUUAUUUUCUGGUUGUUGGAAGACUUUUAUUUUUGAUACUGUAAAAUUUUUUGAGGACACAACUUGUAUAUUUACAUAUACAAUGACAAUAUACAUAAAAACAAUUUCUUACUGUC